UGGGUGAACCAUGUUUGUAUUUUUUUUUUUUUAAAGAAUUGUCUCUGGAGGAUAAGCUGAGAAACUGUCUUUGCUUUUUUUUUUAAAAAACAUUUCAGCUGGUAAUUGUGGUAGAUUUGUCGUAUUUGUAAUACUACAGGGAAGUCACUUUCUCAGCUUAUACAUCAGCUGUUGUUUUUUGGUUUGUAAGUCUAAAGAGAGUGCGUGUGUGAUUUUGCAUGUUUUGCACGGUGUGUGAGCGUGCAUUUACUCUGAAAUCUUUUCUUGCCAAAUAAUCUCCUGUCUGCUAUGACAUCAUUUUAAACCAUGAUAUUUUGCUCAGAUAUAUAGAUAAUCUGAUUAUGAUUAAAAAUAAUUAAAAAGAAUUAGUUGUAGUGAUGAGCAGUUAUACGAAUUAUAAUUCCCAGUCUGUGAAUGGAAUUUAUUAAGGGAAUCUGGUCCAUAUCCAUGUCUUAGACUUCAGAAAAGCUAUGUCUAAUAGGUGAAAAUAUAGUUUUACAGCAUUUUGGAGAAUUUUUACAUGCCCUAGAUAAGAAAGAACAUUUCUCUAGUGGGGAGUUGUUGUUUUUUUUUAAGAAGAACAUGUGGCUAUUCAUUUGCUCGAUAAAGCCUAAAAUGCAUUCAGCUGUAUGAUGUUGACUUGGUCUAGGAUGUGACUGACAGAACAUUCCAGCUCUUUGUAAAUAUAUAAGUAAACACACCUGUCACAUGCUGAUGGACUGUCAGGCAGGGCUGAAUGUCUGACAUGUCUGAAACAAGAAGCGCUCCAUCGGCAGUGUGCGUGUUACAAUAGACGCAUCUGCUUAGCUUUAAUAUUAACUGCUUCUGUGUGAUCGCGAUCAAAGACCAAAUGGGAAACUGUUGUGGUUUAGUUACACAUUUAAGAAGCAUGGAAGAUUAUAGUUUAACUUAAGUCUUAAGUUAUGCUUAAAUCAGGAGAUUUUUAUCAAAUGCAUUUAACACAACUUGCUUGUUUUUGACAAAAUUGGUUCAAAUGUUUUGGAUCCAUCUAUUACUACUGCAUUUUGACUUUUUUGACUUUUGCAUGUGUUUUUGUGUCACUUGGCUAGACAUUGACUUGUCCUUUGCUGUUAUGCAGUGUUCACUUUGAGGCUGCUGUGACCAUCCCAAGGGAACUUUAAAUAAUAUCGAUAUUGCUUUCAUAUUCUUGAAGCGUAGAAAGAUAUGGAGAUAUUGGUGAUGGGGCAUGACAGCUCUAAGUUUUUACAUGGGUAUUCAGUGGUGUGAUGCAAGGUGCCCUCACACUGCAAAUUAUGUCUAAAUCUUGGAAUGCAGCAAUGCCUGUCUACUUUUCUCCCUAUUUUCCAAAAUUCAUGUCUGCUUUCAAAAUCUGUCAAGGCCAGUGGUUGUCAAUCAAGUCCUGUCAAGCAUCUGUCAUUCCAUAUAUUUGUACAUGUUCAUUUAGGCUAUGUUCAUUUGACCAUGAUUCCUGAACAUCAACUGAACAGCUAGUGGAAUGGGCUAAUUAUGUGGAAUGACUGCUUAGGCUUGGUUCAUAAUCCAAACUACAAAUUCAGAGCAGGUAGGAAAAGUGCUGCUGUUGAAUAGAAAAUUGAUUUUGCUAUAUUUUAAAGCUAGUCAAAUUGGAAGCUUUUUGCUUAAAUUUUCCCAAACAAACAUGCUGUUUUGAGAUCCUCAGCAACUGCAAGUUGCUAAAGGUCACACUGCUUCAACUCAUCCCAGCCAUAGUAAAGCAGCUACCAUUGCACCACUAAAUCCAUGUAAGGUUUGAAACGUUUGGUGUGAAGAAGCAUGUCUGUCAAGCAUUGGACCUACAGACUGAAGGACAACCCAUCCAUCUGUUUUUGUUCCUCUCUGUCUCCUCCUCUGACCCUGCUUUAGUUUUCUACCAGUGGCUAUUUCCAAGCACGAGACUGGCAUUACUCACAUGCACACAAUGCUAUACUGGGCCCAUUUGGUGAACUGAUGACUGAGGAUGACCUCAUUCGCAUUGAGAGACAGAUUGAGAACCUUCAAGUAAUGCACAAAGUGACAGAGGUAGAAAAAGAGUUGGAGCAGCUAGAGAAAGAAUUACAUCAGCUCCUUCCUGUGUCUGCUGCCCUGACCCAGGACCAUUUCUCUGUCAACCCUAAACAGGUUCAUGGCCAAGCAGAGGACCUCCCUGCUUGGUGUAGCAAAAUUUCCACACUGCUUAAAAGCAUGGCCAUCCUCCUUGCUACAUUAGGUGGUAAGGAAAUUGACAUUCUGGAAAUGAUUAAUCAAGGAUAUACAUAUGAAGGUCUAAAAGGUGGAAAAGAACAGACAACAUCCGUUACCUCAGGAAACAUUGGCCGAUCACAGUCUUUCUCAACCCGAGAGGAGGUGGAGAAGGAACUCAAGCAGUGUGGUGUGUCAGUGAAAAAUCUGAAGGCCAAUUAUGAGAUGAUCCAGAGUCAGUCCAAGUAUGAAGAAGACAAGAUGAACCGAGUAUACAAACGGAAGAGAUCCUUGCCAGUAGUGAGUGAGUGCAGUUAUUCGCCUGAGCCUAUCCUGGAAGAUGAACUACUCUUCACAUCUUGUGAUAUCAACUCUCAAGUCACUAAUGGUCUACCACCAGAGCAAGAUCCGAGAUUGCCACUAGUAGAUGAGCCAGUUAUAACACCAUCAUAUGCACCUUUGGUAUACAGUGAACCUAACGGUGUCUCCCAGUCAGGUAUGGAUAACAUGGAGCACUCUCUGUCCAGUGACCCAGCACUAAAUGGAAAUCAUCUCACCCGCAGCCUUGAGGUUCAGACCGACGUGAGCUAUGUUCAGGAGUCUAUCGAGAUGCGCAAGGAGAGGAUUGUGUUCUUGUUUCUGGAGCACUGGAGAAAGUACACUAUGACAGAGUCUUACAGACCCAAGUGCACAAAGAGAAGAAUAAGUCAAGGAGUCGAAAUGGAUGGCUCCCAGGAUAACAAUAACCAGUUUGAAUUGGAUGGGAUUGAGGAUGACCAGCUCCUGCACUUCAUGAAACAAAGGCAGGUAGUAGGGAACCUGCUUGGCCACUGGAGAGCCAUUAUGAGCCAAGUACCCUCACGUCAGAUCCGUCGGCUCAGUCGUGCUCAAAUGAUCUACUGGCCCGAGCAUUUUCUCCCUCAUAUAAAUGGGGCUCCAGUCCGUUAUGAGAACCUGACCCUUGAUCUUUUCAUGCUUGGCUACUUCCAACUGCUUGAGAUGAACAUGCCUCGCAGUGAGCGGAAGUUCCGGCACUUGCUGUGCUAUGAGAUGUUUGAUCGAAUCGGCAGCCAUCCUUGGGAAGUGAUCCGUGAAUUCCACCGUGAAGUGAUGGAAAGCAUUGAGAGAGGGAAUUGUGAUUGGUCAGAUGGCUUUGAGGACAUCAAACUGAAAUAUUUUGGCAACACUACAGAGGGGGGAGGGCUGUUGGAGACCACUCAGAUUGACUCACCAAAAAGAAUUCAGGAGAUCUUAGACUCAGGAAAUGUAUGCAAGACCACACCAGAACAAGAGUCUCAUGCAAAAACUGAGCAAAAUUCAACACAAGCACCUGCAUCUGACAAAGCACAAGCUUACACACAGGAGCUUAUACAGGACACAGCAGACGAUAUUUCAAAAAGUGAAGCAAACCAUACAGAGCUGAUUAAUGAUGCUACCACACUGGACAAUGAUCAAAAAAUGGAUAUGCCUAAUGUAGAACAGCCAGAGAUCCAGACAACCACACAAGUGACUGUUGAACAACCUCUACCUGAACCCUUCAACGGUCAUACUGAGAAUCCAGCAAAAGAUAAUGAAGAGCUUAAUGAGGAUUCAGUAAAGCUUAUUUACGAUCUCAAAGAGUUUAGCAAUGAGGAUAUAAUCAGAUACAUUGAGCGAAGCUUUGCCUUCUGGAAGGAAAAGGAAGCAGAAUUGUUUGAUAUCUGAAUACUGAUGACUUGAUUAAAAUGAGGAAAAAGUCUUAAAAGUCUUCAGAUAAAGCAUGUCGUGGGACAAAAGAUCUGAGCAGUCAUGUGAGAGAUUUGGUUAGAGAAAAAGUAUCUGAGCAUCUCUUGUCUGAAAAAAUGAUCGAAUGCAGGUUACUACUGAAAAACUGCAAAUAUAGAGUCCACCUAACUACAAUGUAGGGUUAACUGAUGGAGGCCAGAAGAUUUUUUAAUUGGGACUCCAAUUUUAAUCUGAUGUCCAUAUGGAAAGGGCUAUGUUAAAUGCACAAUGUUGGGAAAAAAAUGUUUGGAGCAAGUGUAGAUGGUCCUCAUUCAAUAACCUGAAUGGAUUUCUUUGAAUAUAUGGAUAUAUAGGCAUAGAAAUAUGGUUUUGGUCAAAUUGUAGUCUUGGAUGUUGGUGAGUAACAAUUACUAUCUACCCGUAGUCUAGUGCAGCGCAGUUUAGCUUCACAAUCAAGUGGGCCAAACAGGAAAACGAUGCUGGAUAUUCAGGUCAAGCCACAAUAUAUUGUUAACAAAAAUGACCAAUAUUUUUCAUAUAUAGUGUGAUUCUUAUACAACCCAUGCCCCUCCUAGUAGCCAUUAUAAACAUAGAUAAACAUAACAUUUUGACUAUGUCCAGCUUGUAAAUAAAGAUGUACAAUUACUUCUAAUGAAUUCAGAGACCAAAGAGACAAAUAGGCCAGAUUCAGGCUAUAAAGUAGGCUUCAUAUAUAUUAAUUUGGUGUAAUUUGCAUUCAUCAAAGUUUAUUGACUUUGGCUCUUCCUAAUUUUGAUAGUUAAAUAUACAAUUCUGAGGUAAAUUAUUUGGCUUCUUAUAACUUAAUAAAGUUUUUAUCUAGGUUUAGCCACUGAGGUAUUGAUGGCACCAAAAGCCUAACCCUCUGCUAUAGACACAAAGUAUACAGGGGUUAUGACAUGAAAUGUUACCAAGUAGUGAAAUCCAUGCUUCUUGUUUCACUGUGAUGAACUGGAACCCCGUUCAGGGUGUGUCCUCAGGGUGUAGGCUCUGGAUUCACUGUGAUAUUGAUAAAUCAAUGCUUGAUUAUUGAUUAGCUUCUUGUUCAGGUGUUCCUGCUGUGUAUUUAGGAUUAUUUAAGGGCCCACUCAUUAUUAAAAUUACUAUUUUCAUAUGAAGAUUACUGGUAUUUCAUAAUUUUUUUUACAGUUCAAGUACGACAUCUCCUUUUAAUUAGCUUCUUCUGUAAUGUAAUUGUUUUUGCUAUUUGGUUGAACCUACUGGAUGUUUAAAACUCAAGCUACAAUGAUUAUAACAUUCAAGUGUUUAUUGAUGGUAAUUUUGGAUGUUAGUUUGAUUUAAGUUUGAAGUGUUUUUGUUUUUUUGGUUCCACAUCAAUAAAACAUGUAGGGUGUAUUUCUCGCUAAUGUCUCUUUUUUUGUCAAUUUUUCGAUCAUUCAUUACAUGUAGUGCUUAUGCUCCGAUACAUACUGUGAGGAGAAAUACAUAUUCAGACACUUGUGUUUUUGUUAUUUAAUAUGCUACCAAUGCAUUUUUUUAUUUUCUCUGUUGACUUAACUAUGUGUAUAAUUCUAAGAGCACCAUACCUACAUUGAAGCCUGGUGGUGGGAGCAUUGUAUUAUGGAGCGGCUUCUCUGAAAAUGGUACCAGGGCAUUAUGCGUCAUUAAAGAAAACAUGCACUCGGGCAUUUUAGAGGAGAGUUUAUCUCAUUAGCAUGAAGAUUAAUGAGGAGAAGGUGGAAUUUUCCCAAAUGUCUGGGCUUUUAAUCCCAUUCAAAAAUAAAUAAAUAAUCCCAUUCAACACUUGGAUAAUUGAAGACAAUUUGGUAAGAGUUUAGGCCAUAAUUGAAUGCAAAACACUAACUAAACACUAACUAUUUAUAACUUAUUCAAUAACUUAUUUCUUGAGACAUCUCAGAGGUGUAAUUGCCAACAAUGGCUUUGCAACAAAGUACUAAUUGAUGGUGAAUAUUUUUCCUUUACCAAUUUAUUUAUUCAUGUUUAAGAAACUCUAAAAUUUUGUUCAUAUUUAUAAGUACAAACUCGUGCACUGGACUGUAAAAUAUACAGUAGGUUAUACGAGUCAAUAUUACUUCUUAUAUAAAUUUUCUUUUAAUUUUCAUUGGAUAAUUAAGAUAUCUUAGUUUACAAAAAGGGUUCACUCUGAACUUUUUUUUCCAGUAGAGACUCUCUUAUUCGAAGCUGAUUGAUUUUUGUCUUUAAACAGUUGAGAGAUAUGGCUUCUGGUUGGUUGGCACCUAAAGCACAUUAUGUUUUGAUUUCCAACUGUGCUAAUGAUCUCAAGUCACAACACACAGAUCAUAUCCAACGCUCCGGUGUUGAAACUUUACAUGUUUUAGGUGUUAAUCCGUUUGUGCUUUUUUGGUGUUUUUUUUUUCUUCCGUCAUAAUUCCCAGGGGAGUAUUUAAAUAUUAAGGUGUAGAUUCGAUUACCUAGACGUGGAGCCCUUGCCAUUGAAAUUGCUUCACUGGAGCAGAUUUAGUGUAACUGAUCCACUCCAAAGGAAAGAUGAGAAGCUCAACAUGGCCACCUCCUGCUCUGGCCUCUUGUUACAAUGUGUAAGGCUGCAGAAUAAUGUUUCAUUCCAUGUGAAGACAGAACUGUAGACGUGAACUGUAGACUGUAGAGGAAUUUGGUUUCAGGUCCUCCUCCUCGAAUUUUCCCUUAUGAUUCCCCUUCAGGGAAUCUUGAGGCCUGAGAAUAGACAAUGUACAAAUGAGUUGAAAGCUUACAAAUAAACAUGGCAGCUUUAUAUGGAUGGUGCAUUUUGUACACAGAGGGAAUUAAGUGCUUUAAAUAAACAGAAAGGAUAAAUUGAUAGAUAAUAAAAAUGAAUCAAAUAAAUUGCUAUUCUAUUUGGAUAAUGUACAAAUGCAAAAUUUAAUGAUAAAAAGAAUAAGUUAAUAAAAUAAAGUGCAGCAGAAUCUUUUUUUUUUUUUAAAGAAUAGAAAUAUUUAACCCACAUAUAUUUUUACCGAGAUGUUCAGUAGGUUGUUUUCAGAUAUGUAGCAUGAAAGCAAACUUUGACGCAUUAUUAUACAUUUUACAGGCCUGCUAGAUCAACAUAUAAAGUAUUUUUUAUCGGGGGUUUUUUUUUUUUGUUUGAAUGAUUUUAUUUCAAAUACUCUGAAUUUUUACGAUCAAGCUAGAUCCAUCCUGAUAAGAAAAAGCAAUAUCUUUAUCAUGUGUUACAGUUAAUACAGUUUUUUAUCUGUUCUUAAAUCUCCUAUAAUUUGUAAAAGUGUAGAUAAAUUGAAAUGAUGAUGAGCUUACUGACCACAC